AUGUCAGCUUCCAGAGCAGGAAUCGAAGCUCUCCCUCCGGAUGUUGCUGCUAAGAUCAAAUCCUCCAUCGCCAUCACGCAUAUAAUUGGGGUCAUUUUGGAAUUGGUCAAAAACGCCCUGGAUGCAAAUGCCAGUACAGUCCACGUCUCGGUGGACUUCAAGCGUGGAGGCUGUAUAGUUGAAGAUGAUGGCGAUGGAAUUCCUGCGGUUGAAUUCGAAUCCAAUGGGGGCCUUGGGAAAGCACACCACACCUCUAAUUUCCAGAAGACUGACAAAUACGGUCAUCGGGGGCUUUUUCUAUCCGCUUUAAGUGCAUUGUCCUUGCUAACUGUGACAUCUUGCCAUCGCCAUCAGCAGACCACGAAUUCUGUCAUAUUUCAUCAUUCAAAGCCGGUUGCGCGAUUGGUCCCUGCGCCUGUGCACCAAAACCUUCGAUUCAGUAAACAUGGCACAUGUGUGACGGUGAAUGACCUGUUUGGAAACAUGCCUGUGCGCGUCAAGCGUCGAGCCCUUGCAUUGGAGCGACCGGACGAGUUGGAUCGAGAGUGGAAUCAUCUGAGAUAUUCGCUGGUUUCCCUCAUGCUGGCCAACCCUCGGAUCCUGAAAUUGGUCCUUUCUGAUGCCGAACGGGGCAAAAGAAUAUCCAUCCGUCUAGAUACAUCUAUAGGUGAUAAUGUGGCCCCGAGUGAAGUUGACCUCCGCCGCGUUAAAUCAAUUCUCGCGCAAUCGGGAAUGAUCAACUCCAGAACGAUGGAUUCGUGGCAUGUAAUUUCGGCCAAUAUUCCUGAUCUCACCAUUUGUGUCGCAAUCUCCACUGUGCCCAGCCCUUCAAAGAAGUUCCAGUUUAUUUCCCUGGGUAACGAUCCAGUGCUUCCGAGUAGCUCAAACCUCCUUUACAACGAGGUCAAUCGCUUGAUAUCUCUAUCUGACUUCGAGAUGGCUGAAACCACUUCUCGCGGCUCCACUGCAACCUGUGAAUCUCCUAUUACAGGGCAUUCCGAAGCCCCGAGCAAUGUCAGUGGCAGGACCUGGGCAAAGCCUAUAAACAGGUGGCCAAUGUUUUAUAUACGUAUCGACACCAGUACAACUCUUCCCUUGGAUGAGAAUGACGAUGAGACCUCCCCGAACUCAGACAGAUCCUUCCAACGCGUCACUGAUCUCCUCGAGGUAAUGAUCUUGGAGUUUCUCAAGCAACAGAACAUGCGUCCCCGUAUCACGAAUCGGCAGGAGAGAAAACCAGACAGAGUCCGAGAUAGUAAUUCCUCUGGUCAGGGCCGUUCUAGGUCGUCCUCUAAGCAACGUGAUUCAGGAUUGAGUACGGAAGAGGCUUUCAGCACCAAUCUCAAACUUCCUUCUUUCCAGCGACCACAGUCGGUUGAUUCAAGCCAGAAUUUGAACAAUUGGUCUAAGGUUAAGACUGCAAAAAGAUUUGAUAUCCGCCCACCCAGAAAUACGCAUCGCCUGGUAGAACAGCAUCUAAGUUUACCCGAGCGCCCACGGAGUCACUCAUCUCAAGAAGAAAAUGCCACAAAGUUGACAUCAGAUCCAUCGCUAGAGUACAGGAAAGAGGCUCAUUGGGAUGAGAUUGAAGUUGGAUCAUCAACGACUGACAGGUUGAUCCCUUGGGUAAACCAGCGCACCGGGAAAACACAUAUGAUCAACUCACGAACAGGUCAGACAGUUCAACCUGCGGUGUCUAGUACUUUUUCGAUACCUAAUCUACCGAGACCAGGAGACCAAGAAACGUCAAGUCCGAAAGCCUGGGUAGAAAAUCUACUGAAAACAUGGGACAACCCGACAUUUGCUCGCACGGAAUUACCUUUGCCAAGCUUUGGUCUUGAAACGGAUUAUUCUAAUCUUACGACUUUAUCCCGCAAUUGUCUUCACGAUAUUUUGACUCUGGAGGCUUCUCAGGUUGCCAAGUUCAAAGGGAAAUUACAACGUCAGAGCCUGGAGAGGGCCACCAUCAUUGCACAGGUUGAUCAAAAAUACAUUCUCGCGAGACUCGAGGCGGCGCCUUCUUCUGGUACACACGAGACAGCUCUAGUACUGAUUGACCAGCAUGCAGCAGAUGAACGCUGCCGCAUCGAACAUUUGUUUGAAGAGAUGUUCAUUUCAACAGAGUCGCCGUAUCAAACUGAAGUUCGCACCGUUGAAAUCAACCCCAUAGCCUUCAAGAUUUCCUCCACAGAAGCUACACUGUUUCAGAAAUACUCAAGCUUCUUUCAAGACUGGGGGAUUAAGUACACAAUAUAUGAAAUGUCAGGCUCCGACUCUACUGUCCUUGUUCAUUUGCUGCCAGCACUCAUUGCAGAGAGGUGUCGAUUGGAGCCCGGUAUGGUUGUUGACUUGCUUCGCCGUGAAAUUUGGACAAACGAAGAGAGCGGCAGGAAGCCACUGCCUCCGGGGAUAGCUUCUGCAAAUGGCCACGGUCACGGUGUGGACUUUGACCACGAACCAGUUCUCAGGGAACCCGCUCCGCAUCCUUGGGUACAAAAGAUGAGUGGGUGUCCCCAGGGCAUCUUUGAUCUUCUUAAUUCCCGUGCAUGUCGUGGUGCCAUCAUGUUUAACGAUCCAUUGAGUAUCGAGGAUUGCAGAACAUUGGUUUCUAGGCUUGCUCGGUGUGCAUUCCCUUUUCAAUGUGCCCAUGGGCGGCCAUCCAUGAUUCCCAUUGUUGACCUUCGAUCUCGGCUCGAACACGAGGCCGAGUCUUUGGAUACAGGCAUGACAUUCGAUUGCGAUGACUAUGAUGAUUCGGGCUUGGAUUUUGUACAGGCAUUCCAGGAACAAUAUGUACAUUGA